GGGGAGAGCGGGGCGUGAAGGCCUAUACCGCCUUUGGGUAGAAGCUCAAGGCGCCCGCAACUUAGCCGGCCGAUUUGGAACCGUCAAAUCGGCGUGUUCCUGCUCCCUCCCCCCUCCAGUUUGCCAGGAUUUUCCGCACAAGUGACUCCGCCACCCACGGGCAGAAUUCCCUCCUGGCCUUGGAGCUGUCCCCUCGGGCGUCGGGACCGGCCCUCCCGGGGAGCGGAAGCCUGGGGGCGGUACUUCCGGCCUCCGGGGUGGUUUGCAAGGGUCCGGUCUCCCCGGAGCCGAGGAUUCCUGCCAGUCUUUCUGAGAGGGUCCUGAGAGAUCAGAUGAUGGCAGCCGAGCCCCUACCAGUUGAGCAACAGGUUUCCAUGAUGUUUGAAGACAUAGCAAUAUACCUCACUCAGGAGGAGUGGCGCCUUCUGCACCCUGCUCAGAGAGAUCUCUACAAGAAUGUGAUGAUGGAAAAUUAUGGAAAUAUAGUCUCCUUAGGAUUUCUAGUAUCCAAACCUGAUGUGAUCUCUCAGCUAGAGCAAGGAGAAGAGCCGUGGGUCCUGGACAUGCAGGAAGCUCAGGGGAGAAAAGUCCUGAGAGAUGACAAUUCAGGCUAUGAUACUCAAAUUAAGAACAAGAUAUUUAUUCCAAAACAAGAAAUGUUUGAGAAAAUGAAAGCCCAAGGGACUUUAUCAAGAAAAUUCAAAGUAAAUAAUCUCCAAGGACCUCAUUUUGAAAAAGGUGACAGAUUGAAAUGUCAGAGAAAACCUUUGGAAGAGAGAUUAAAGAAAUUGUCUUUCCAAGAGAAAGAUUUUAGGCCAGGAACAAUGAUACUCAAAAGGAUACCCACAAAGGAGGGAGGCCAAAAAUGUAAUGAAUUCUGGGGAAAUGUCAGUAUUAACUCAACCUCUGUUAAACAUCCAAGGGUUCCAACAAGGGAAAGAGUCCAUCAAUGUGAUACAUGUGGCCAAAACUUCAAAGAAAAUGCAAGCCUAAUUAGCCAUCAGAAAGUUCAUAAAGAAAAGAAACCUUAUAAAGCUAAAGCAUGUGGAAAAAUGUUUAGGCAAAAUUCAAUUCUUAGUGAAUCUCAGAGUAUGCAGAUUAGUCAAAAAUCAUAUAAAAGUAAUGAAUCUGCAAAAACCUCCAGCCAGAGCUUUAAUGAUAUUAAACACCAGAGAAUUCACACUGGGCAGAAAUCCUAUGAAUGUAAUGAAUGUGGAAAAAUAUUCAGUGCACAGACAUCCUUUAUUCAACAUCAGAGAAUUCACACAGGAGAGAAACCCUACAAAUGUAAUGAAUGUGGAAAAGCCUUCAGUGCCCUCUCAUCUUAUAUUCAGCAUCGUAAAAUUCAUACCGGAGAGAAAGCUUAUGAGUGUAAUGUGUGUGGUAAAGCUUUUAUUGCACUUUCAUCUUUUAUUCAACACCAUAAAAUUCACACAGGAGAAAAACCCUAUGAGUGUAAUGAAUGUGGAAAAUCCUUUAGCCAAAGUUCUAACCUUAUCAAACAUAGGAGAAUCCACACUGGAGAGAAACCAUAUAAAUGUGAUGAAUGUGGUAAAGCUUUCAGUGACCGCUCAUCCUUUGUUCAUCAUCAUAAAAUUCACAAUGGAGACAAACCUUAUGGAUGUAACAAAUGUGGGAAAGCUUUCAGCAAAAACAGAACCCUUAUUCAGCACCAGAGAAUUCAUACUGGAGAGAAACCCUAUGAGUGCAAUGACUGCAGAAAAACUUUUAGCCGGAGCUCCAGCCUUAUUCGGCAUCAUAAAACACAUACUGGAGAGAAACCUUACAAAUGUAAGGAUUGUGGAAAAGCUUUUAGUGCUCAUUCUUACUUUAUUCAACAUAGCAAAAUUCAUAGUGGGGAGAAAAUUUAUGAAUGUAAUGAAUGUGGAAAAGCUUUCAGUAUGCGUGCAUCUUUUUUUCAGCAUUGCAAAAUUCAUAGUGGAGACAAACCCCAUCAGUGUAGUGAAUGUGGAAAAACCUUCAGCCAGAGCUGUAACCUUAUUGAUCACCAGAGAAUUCACACUGGAGAGAAGCCCUUUAAAUGUAAUGAGUGUGGAAAAGCUUUCAGUCAGCGAUCUGGUCUUAUUCGACACCAAAAGAUACAUACUGGAGAAAAAUAUUAUGAGUGUAAUGAAUGUGGGAAAUCCUUCAGUCAGAGUUUUAAUCUUAUUAAACAUCAGAGAAUUCACACUGGAGAAAAACCCUAUGAAUGCAACGAUUGUGGCAAAGCCUUCAGUGACCGCUCAUCUUUUAUUCAACAUCAUAAAAUUCACACUGGAGAGAAACCUUUUGAAUGCAAUGAAUGUGGUAAAGCCUUCCGUCAGAGCUCACAACUUAUUCAUCAUCAGAAAAUUCACACUGGAGAAAAACCCUAUGAAUGUAGUGAAUGUGGGAAAGCUUUUAUUUUAAGUUCUAACCUUAUUCAACAUCAGAGAGUUCAUACUGGUGAGAAGCCCUAUGAGUGCAGUGAAUGUGGAAAAGCCUUCAGUCAACAUUCAAAUCUUAUUCAACAUCAGAAAAUUCACAAUGGAGACAAAUCCUAUCAAUGUAGUGAAUGUGGAAAAUCCUUUAUUUUAAGUUUUAACCUUAUUCAACAUCAGAGAGUUCAUACUGGAGAAAAGCCUUUUGACUGUAAUAAAUGUGGGAGAGCCUUUAGUCAACGAUCACAGCUUAUUCAACAUCAGAGAAUGCACACUGGAGAGAAACCCUAUGAGUGUAAUGAGUGUGGGAAAUCUUUCAAUGUACAAUUAUCCCUUAUUCAACAUAAAAGAAUUCACACGGGAGAAAAACCCUAUGAAUGCAGCGUAUGUGGUAAAGCCUUCCGUCAGAGGUCUCACCUUAUUAAUCAUCAAAGAAUUCACACUAGAGAGACUCUGUGAUAACUAUGUCACUACCUGAUUUCUGCUGUUAUAUUUAGCUCUGAGAGGUUAAUAAAUCUCUCAAAAAUUUAUUCCUCUAAUUUUGAAAUGCCACCAUUGGUUGGUGAAAGGAUGCCACUAUCAUGUGGCCUGAAUGUCCAAACAUGUACCUUCUCUGAGAUUCAAAAGAUGUAAUUCUGCCAUAGUCUUCUCAUAUUUAACUUUGAAUUUCCAAAACUUUUACAUAAAUAUAUGAAAGAUUAUAUAAAAUAAACAAUAAAACAGUUAAGCUUAAGUAAUUCUAAGCAAUCACAAUUAAAGAAAGUAAUUUAGAGUAAAAUGUUAUUAUAAAUAAACUGAUAAUAUUUAGUUGAUUUUCAUUCAGGACCCAACUAAUAUUUAUACGUGUUGAGUUUCUGAUACAUGCUUGAUACUGUGGAGAAUAGAAAAACUAUUCAGAGUACCUGCUUUCACAAAGUUUACAAUCCAGUAAGGAAGCUAAGACAUACAUGUAAAAUUAGUUACAAUGCAAUAUAAAUGAGAAAGUGUGAUUAGAGAGGUACAAGUUUUGGGCCUUGAGAAGAAGGAAAGGUCACAUCUAGAUGGAAAGGUGACAAAUGGUUUUAUUAAAGAGAUUGGUCUUGAUCCAUCUGUCAGGGACCAAAGUGUAGAAUUUUAAUAGGAAAAAUUGGAGGAGGAGAGAGGAAUGACUGAGAAGCAGUUUUAUACAGAAUAGCAUAAAAGAAAUAAUUCUCUAAGCUAAACAAAUAUCCAAGUUUUGACAGAAUAGGAGGAUUUUUGAAGUCGGUUUCACCUGAAGUUCCAGAGCUAUUCAUAAGCUCCCUCACUCUAUUCCAGGAAUAUUUUGACACUUUGUAAAAUGAUUUACGGUGAGUUAUGAAAGAAUGGUUUGUGCCUAACAUUUGCUUUGGAUUCAGUUGAGAAGAAAAUUUAUGGAUAAGGGAGCAAGGGAAAGCUCUGUAUCACAAGUUUUUCCCUCCUUGUAAAAACUUAAUCAAAAACUAUUUGCUUUUCUACUUUAAAUUAUUUAAGUGUAGCUGUUUCUUAAAGUUACAUUUCAUGAAUGAGAAAAUUUGUGGUCAUCACUAUUUCAGGCAAUUGUGCAUGCACUCAUUUUAUACUGUUCAUGCAAUACUAUGGUGCCACCUAGAUUAUAAGAGAUUCAAGUGAUGAAAUUAAAGUGAUAAAAAGUCUUCAUUAACUUUCUUCUUUUUUUUUUCCUGAGGCAAUUGGGGUUAAAUGACUUGCCCAGGGUCACACAGCUAGGAAGUGUUAAAAUAUCUGAGGCCAGAUUUGUCUUCAUUAAUUUUCUAUCAAAAGUCCUUAUCUCCUGAAUUUCCAUUAGUUGAUAUCAAAACUCCAAUAGCUUUGCCCUCAAUUCCCACACACAGGUACUUGAAAAACAAGGAAAUGAAGCACAGUACCUCUUUGACUGUCUCAGCAGCCACCUACUCAAUCAACUCUUUCAGUUCUCUUCAUAAGGCAGAAAAAAGAGAAAGAAGUGUAGCCAUUUCCUGACACUGGGAAUAUAGAGACAACCUUCCAUAGCAAGGUGUUCAAUGUUUGGGUUUGGGGAUUUUCUCCCAUAUCCCAUCCCGCAAUUGUUUAUUUGCUCCUGCCUGCUUAUUUGCUAGUUGCACUAUAAUUUGUAUACAAAGCUAAGGCUGUCCCAGUCAGUAUGCAAUGCCCUGUAUUUCAGAUCCUGCUAAUCUGAUUUAUGUAAAUGAAAUUCCUGUUGAUGUUACUAAUUGGUUUUUAUGAAUUUCAUAUAAAGCAUCCUAAGUCAAAAAAUAAUUUUGUUGGCAAAGACAGUGCAGAAAGGCAUAGGAUCUUGAUUUGAAUCCCAGCUCUACAACUUACUAUGUGUGUGAUUUUCAUCCAGGACAAACUUGUUUAGGCUUUAGUUUUCUCCUCUGUAAGUUUAAGGAAUUUUAAUAGGUGAUCCUAAGAAUCAUUCCAACUCUAAAUUCAUGAUCUGAGUCCAACUACAUUAGGUUCUCCUCUUAUUUAUCCUUUUCCUUGUGAUAAGGUAGGAGGAAAGGCAUGGAAGAAACUUAGUAUCAUAAGUUCUGGGUAAUAUGGGAAGAGGAUGAGGAUCAGGAGCACAGGGAGCAAAUUUUAGGGUAUUUGACUUAUAAAACAGGUUAUAGGAUCAAAUGUGUUCAUUGUUAUGGGAAAAGCAUCUACAUCAGUGCUGUUAUAAAUAUUGAAAAAUGAAAGAUUACAAAGCUAAAAACUUGGUUUCUGAAUUGUUAAUUAAAGUAAUUGACAUUAACUGCUUGCUUUUGGUGUCUUAUUUUUAUGUUGUACCCAUGAAAUAGAACCAGAUUUACUUUAUUGUGACCAGAAGUGAAGCAACUUUCUUUGAAGUUGCAUGAUUCACACAAUCUGAGUUGGGAAGGAUUCCAGAAGUUAUCUAGUCCAACUAAUACUUGAACAAAAAUCCCCUCCAUAAUGUCCCUGAGGAAUAAUCAUCCAGCUUCUGUUUGGAAAAAUUCAGUGAUUCAAUGAUAAGGUAACACACUUAUCUAGCUGUUGUGCUGACCUCAGUAUUGAAACCUUGACAGUCUGCCAGUAACAUGCCAGGAAACAGAAUUACUUCCAUUUGAAUUGCCUUAAUACAGUGA